AUGGAUAAAAAUAUACCUCUAUUCAAUGUUCAGCUUUAUAUUUAUGACCUGUCAAGAGGAAAGGCUCGCAGCUUUAGUCCUAUCAUGUUAGGUAAACAGCUGGAUGGGAUAUGGCACACAGCUAUAGUGGCAUAUGGUGAGGAGUUCUUCUACGGAGGGGAUGGCAUCUCCAGCUGUUCACCGGGAGGGACCAUGCUGGGGCCUCCAGAUACAGUGGUGGAGCUUGGCGAGACUGAAUUGACCGAGAAGAUGUUUAUGGACCAUCUCUCCUCUCUUGGAGAGACCACAUACAGAGGUGACAGGUGUCGUCUGUUUGAGCACAACUGCAACACUUUUACUAACGAGGUGGCUCAGUUCCUGACUGGCAGGACCAUACCGUCUUACAUCACAGACCUUCCAUCAGAGGUCCUCUCCACACCUUUCGGACAAAUCCUUCGACCGAUCCUUGACUCCAUGCAAAUCGCCCCUCCAGGAAGUAAUAUCAUUAACGGUGGAAUAAAUAUCUGA